AUGACCAGAGAACGAAGAUCUGUUAGCUUGGAAGCCCCAGAGAGGAGGGGUGUAGAGGACCCAGGUGCUCGUGAGCUUGCAUCCUCCGAUUCUGACGAGCAUUUUUCCGAUGCUCAGACCUCCCCUGGGAAUAGUCCUGGAUCUGCCUCUCCAGUACCGCGGACGCGAGUCGAGAAAGUAGACGAUGAGCCAUCUUACGGUGAAGUACCCGGCACAGAAGCUUACAAGAAGCGGACGGAGGAUGCCGAGCCAGAUGAGAUUGCCAUCCUCAAUGAGACGAAGUCGCAGUCUGUCUCUCCGGACAGGCCUGUGACGCCUGGAGGUCAUCCAAUUCCGAAGACCGUCGUCGAGGAAUCAGAGGACGCUCCCGGGUCCUCGACUCAUCGCUACCACGAGACUCUUCACGAAGCAGACGCCUCACCCGACUUUAUUCGCAAAGCCGACGGUACUGGCGAGGCAAAUCCGGCUCCAUCCUCGCUUGACACCAGCAAAGAAGCAACUGAUGACGCGACUAUGACCCCAUCGCUCAAGUCACCAAUAAAACAUCGACGGAGAAAAUCAUCCGCAGCAAAAUCAACGGGGAGUUUUGGUGGCCAAGGAACCGUUGAUAAUGAUGACGAUGAUGACUUUGGCGACGACUUUGACGAUUUUGAAGAGGGUGAUGAAGAUGCUGAUUUUGGCGACUUCGAUGAUGGCUUUCAAGCGGCCGAGGCCGAAGCUUCGGCUAACAUGCCGGCUCUUCAGUCUCAGGUCUCAAUACCUUCGUUUCCAAUAUUAGAUCUAGACGGCCUUGACUCGGAGGAUAUCCUAACAGCUACAGAGCCAUACUUAGACGCCCUAUUCUCCCCUGACAUACAAGACAUCCCAGAACUACCAUCACCUCCGAAAGACAAUCCUAUAUUCUUCAACCCUAGAAGCGCCUCGCUUUGGUCACAACUAGCAGCACCACCACCUCUGCAACCUCCCGAUUGGAUCCGAUCUCGGAUACGACGUCUAUUUCUAGUUUCACUUGGUGUACCAGUGGAUUUAGACGAGAUAUUACCAGCCUCCAAGCAAAAGAAGCUUGUGCUUCCAUCCGUCCACCGUGUCACCUCAAACGGCUCCCUACGCACAUCAUCAGACUCUCGAUCAGUCUCUAGGCUGAGAAAACCGGAGGCCGAUAACAACUCCUCGGUAUCCGUGGACUCUCAAGGCAAGGAGAAGCCGAGGUCGGCUUCGAAACGGCAGAAAGGCCCGCCCGAACCACCUGAGCUAGAUCUCGUCUCCGCGAGACAACUCUGCGCGACGACGGACGAGGCUUUAGGGGGUAUGACGGACAAGGAGCUCCAGCAGCACGUGAAGAAGCUGCAGGAGAUGGAGGGAUUAGCGAAGGAGGUGCUCGAGUACUGGAAGAAGCGUACGGACGAGAAGAUAGGGGACAGGGAGGCGUUCGAAGGAGUUAUAGAAAACCUUGUGAAGCACGCGCGCAAAACUAGGAAAUGAGAAGCUGAAUAAUAUAAGAACUAUAAUGGUUACCUAUAUUUGAGCGUCUCAUUCAGAUGAUCUGCAUAUUAGAGCUAAGGUGCCCACCGCGUAAGAGGAAUUCUAAUUGUCUAGGUACCUAUACAGUCCGUUGAGAUAUCUCUCAUGAAGAUACACGCCUUGAUCUGGGUUCCUCGACCUCUUAAUUCUAUAUCAGGUCCUACUGAGCGGGUGAGAUGGUUUCAAGUUUGCCAACUUCACGAAUCAGCGAUAUUUAGGCCCAGUCUAGGUCCGUAGACAACCUCAUAUGCUUCCUCCUUAUAAAUAAAUGUACUUCCCUCCACGUAUCUCCCGUUACAAUGGAAGUUAGAAG